AUGGCAGUGUUUAGUCAAAUUAAGAAUUUCAUAAAAAGCGGAAAGAGCUAUUCCUCUCAUGGCUCCAACCUUUCCAGACAAUCCACAGCGCAGAAAUACGAAACUGCACAGCGCAUGGUUGAAGAAGAAAAGAUAGCAAAACAGACAAUGCCAAGCUAUCAAGGAUUGGAAGACUAUCAAUUGAGAACAAAGCUUGGCGAUGGUGCAUUUUCCAAGGUUUAUGAAGCCAUCCAGUUAUCUACCAACGAAAGAGUAGCCAUCAAGAUAGUCCGUAAGCAUGAACUGAACAACCAGCAAAAAUCAAGCGUCUUGAAAGAAGCCCAGAUCAUGCGAACGUUGGAUCAUCCUUCCAUCAUCAAGAUGCUUGAUUUUAUCGAGACAAAAGAGCAUUAUUUCCUUGUACUAGAAUUAUGUGAAGGCGGAGAAAUUUUCCAUCAGAUUGUUCGUCUUACUUACUUUAGCGAGGAGCUCUCUCGUCAUUGUAUCAGACAAGUCGCUGAGGGUAUUCGCUAUUUGCAUGAAGAAAAGGGCGUGGUUCAUAGAGAUAUCAAGCCAGAGAAUCUACUGUUUGUGCCUAUCGAUUUCCAUGAAAGAGAUGUUCCUUUGCCCCCACCCGACUUUGACGAACCCAAAGAAGAUGAAGGCAAGUUUAUUCCCGGCAUUGGCGGCGGCGGCAUUGGUGCAGUCAAGAUUGCAGAUUUCGGUCUUUCCAAAGUAGUGUGGGAUCAACAGACCAUGACACCUUGUGGUACAGUUGGCUAUACAGCACCGGAAAUUGUGAAAGAUUUGAGAUAUUCCAAAUCUGUAGACAUGUGGGCAUUGGGCUGUGUUUUGUAUACUCUUCUAUGUGGAUUUCCUCCAUUUUACGAUGAAUCAAUCAAAAUUUUGACUGAGAAGGUUGCAAAGGGGCAGUAUACAUUCUUAAGCCCCUGGUGGGACACAAUAUCAGACGAGGCCAAGGACUUGAUUGAACAUUUGCUUGAGAUUGAUCCAGAGAAGCGAUAUACAAUCAUGGAGUUCCUUGAACACCCAUGGAUGCAAAAUGAGAAAAUGACAAAGAUUGAUACAGAUGCCAUCAAAGCCAGAACAGCAACUAGUGACAUCAACCUGGAUCUUGCAUCCGUGCCUAUGUUUACAUCACUUGAAAACACAGGUGUGCCUGCUAAUGGACCUCGUCCUGAGACCGAGGCCGAGGCAUUCAAGCGCAUGAUCCAAGAACGCAACAGAGACGAAGAAGAAUUAGAAGCGGCUGUGCCUAUGCCAGUGCCAUCUGGUGUCUCAUCUGUGAUUAACUCCCGUGCCAACUCACGCGGAAAUUCACGUGCACCGUCUAUUGUCGCUUCUGGAGCAACGACACCUCGUAGAGAUUUGUUCUCUGGAGUAUCGUCCAUGAAGGAGAUGUUUGAUAUCUCAUACGCUGUGCACCGCAUGUCAGAAGAGAAGGCUCGCCGAAAAGUCAUCAAACAACAGCCAAAUCAAGAAAACCGUCGUUCGCUAUUCAUGAGUGCGAUCAAUGGUGAUGACGAUGAUGUGACAGAAGAUGAGGCAGAUAUGAUUACCGAUGAGACAUCUACUACCGAGGAAGAGGAAGAAGAAGAAGAGCAAGCACAGAAAGAGCAGCCAAUGAACGAGCUAAAAGACAAGCUAAAAGUGCUUCAUAUUGACGAAUCGGUGCCAACAUCUAUAGAGCACAAACCAAGCACUGUUCAGCACAAAAAGAUCAAUAGAUCAAACAAGAAUGGCGGCCUGUUUGAACUGAAUAUGAAUAAUGCCACUCUGUUGGGAAGAAGGAAGAUUCCAAGCGCAACUCAGCCUAUUGAUGAACCAUAA